AUGAAACAAAGUUUCCGACAUCACACCCAUACGACCCAUCUCUCCAUCCCCACCAACCGACGACAGAUCCCCCAGCAGCUCGCUCUCGGUCCAUCAUGGCGUCCCGACAGACUCAGUUCAACCAGCAGGUGCUCAUCGACACCACUCCUCUCCCCGACUCGAUCCCCCGUCAAGGAGAUUGGUGCCACGUCCGCCCCGCUGCUCUCGGCCGCUUUCUUCAUCGGCGCCCGGUGCCGCGAUUACAACGAUGAUUACAUGCAGUGCAAGACCGAAGCGAACGGCCGUGGCGAGCUCGAGUGCAUGAAGGAGGGAAGGAGGGUCACAAGAUGUGCCGCCAGCGUUCUCAAGGACAUCAACACACAUUGCUUGAACGAGUUCCGAAGGCAUUGGAUGUGCCUCGAGGAGGGUAACCAGCAGCUUUGGCAGUGCCGCCCCGAGGAGUGGAAGCUGAACAAGUGUGUUUUCGAGAACCUCAAACUCGAAAAGGUCGUCCCCGAUCAGCCCAAGAACUCCACACCCGUCCACCUCAGGACGAGGCAAGUCCUCGCCGAUUUCCCCAUCCUCAAGGGUCAGGGCCAGCCCUUCGUGGCGCCCCAGGCCGAUUCCAAGGAUGCGUGA